UACAUAUAGGCAUAGCAAAUAGUUUCGUAUUCAAUGUCUAUCGUUUUUAAUUGUAGCAAAUUUUUUGCCCUUUAGUUUUGGUGAUUACUGAUAUAAAUUUAGUUUUUUGGCAAUGCAAUCCAAUUAUUAAUUAACAGGGAUUACCCUUAAAUUUUUAAAUAGAAAUCAAAGAGAUAUUGUGAAUGGUGGAUUUUUUCUGGGAGAUAAUUUAUUGACGUUUAUUAUUGUGAAUAAUAUUGAAUUUAGCCGAGCCCUCAACGUCUGGUUGAGAAAAUUAAAAGAAAAACACGGUAGAAGAAAAUGGAAAGAUUUGUCAAAAUUAAUAAACAAGUUAAAAAUAAUUUAUAUAAAAUAUGUCGAUUGUGCGGAAUUGAUAAUCCUAACAAGGUUGGAAUAUUGGAAGAAGUCGUGUUUUUAAGCGAUGAUGGGGAAAUUGAGCCCCCAUUGUACAAAAAAAUAUUUAAUUGUGUUGGGAUUCAGGUAACUCCAAAUGAUCAAAUGCCAAAAACAAUUUGUGCCCUUUGUUUUGAUAAAAUUAACGAUUUUCAUGAAUUUCGAGAAAUGUGCUAUGUCACAAACGUGCAAACGAGAAAACUUUUAGGAUUAUCAGAGCAGCCUAAAUUGGAACUUAAAUGGGAACAAGGUGAAACAGUUGUUAAUUCUGCAAUUCCUAAAAAAGAUAGUUUAGAAAAUAAAAAGGCUAAAACAGAAAAAAAAGCAAAAAAGAGAAAAAAUGCGGAGCCGCCUCCCUUUCUCAAUGAGCCAAAACAAGUUAAAUUAGAAAACGAGGACCCCUUUAAUUCGGAAGUGAAAAUUGAAGAUGAUAUUUUAUCUAAUAAAGCAAGUAAAAAAUUUAAAGCAAAAUUAGAUAAGGCUGCAAAAACUGAAGUUAACAAAAUUCCCAUACCCAAACCUAAAAUUGAAAAAAAAAAUAAAUUGGAAAAUACUUUGAAGUUGAAGCAAGACAAAUUAAAAGCUGAUAAAACACUCAAAAACAUUAAACAGGAACCUAGAAUGAUUAUCUGUCAAAUUUGUCAAAUGACGUUUGCUUCUGCAGCUCUUUUGCAAAGCCAUUUGUUAAAGUUACAUGUUCCUUCAAUAGAUCGUUACUUUUGUGUAAGGUGCAACGAGAAAAUAGAGGAAACAAAUGAAAUUAAAAGUCAUAAUUUAUGGCACAAGUUAUCAAAAACGCCUUAUCAAUGUGGUAGAUGCGAUAAAGAAAUAAAUUCUUUACAAGGUCUAACUAGACAUAUUCGUGAAUGCCAUUUAGUUCCACGUGGGGUGCAAAUAAAUAUUUUACCGAAUGUUAUAUGUAAAUUAUGUUCAGUAGAGUUUCAAACAAAAAAUCUUUUUUUUAUGCAUGGUUGCAUAACUAGUUCUUUGCAAUGUCCUAAAUGCAAAUGUAAAUUAUCUAAUCAGUCAAACACAUUAAAACACAUAGCAACAUGUAAUGCGAAAAUUCGUAAUGAAGAAGAAAUGAAUUAUGUUAUAAAAGAUGAACCGCUCGAUAUAUGUCCUUUGCUUCCGCCACCUUUACCAUUAGCAGAUUCUCCAGUUCCUCUAGCAAUUUUGCCGUCACCUUCCAUAUCUAAAUCAAAAGCUUCUAAAAAUUCGAUCCAACAAACAGGACAAAUUACUGCGGCACCAAUAUUUAAAGAAAACCGAAAUUCUAGGAUAAGUCACACUAUGGUUGUAAUACCCUCUUCAACUGCAGUACAAACAUCUAAUUCAGAAGUAAAAGAUUCUCAGACAAUGUCAACAGUUAUGUGUACAGAUUCAAAUUUACUUAAACCAAAUGGAAAAAAACAGAAAGAAGAGGCAAUGAUGGCUCGGUGUUCAGUUUUAUUACAAGAUACUUUUAGAACUUUAGUAAAUAUAAAACAGGAACCUAUGGAAGCACAAAAUAUACAAACUCCCCAAGAAAGGCAACACUCUGAGGCAAUUGACUGUGAAAUUCAAAUUGGAAAUUUCCCAACACCACACAUAAAACAAGAAGUUUUAGAUGAAAAUUAUAAAGAAGUGGAAUCAAAUGUUGAAAUAAAUAUAAAACAAGAAAUUAUUACGUAUCCUACAAUUUCACAACCCCCACUACCGGCUCUAAAACUAAAGAUUAAAAAGGAACAUGGAACAUUAAAUUCAUCAUUUAUUGCUAACAUGGGAAAUGAUAGUUCAAUUUUAGAAUCUCAGAAAAAGAAAAAAAUUAAAACUUCCAAAAAGAAAAAUAAGGAGACUGAAAAAUUAACUUCUGAAGAUGAAAUGAAAUCUCCUUCAAAUGAAGAACAUGAAUCGUUGAGCAAUUCUGAAAAAACCUCCCCAACAAAGGAUAAAGAGAAAUUUGAUUUCCCUCAACCUGUAGUCAUAAAAUCAGAACAAAUAGAUCCAGAAUUCGUAGACAAUGAGGUUUUUAAUGGUUCAGAUGAUUUCCAUAAUUUCGAUGAUUAUAAUAGUGAAGAAGAAACAGAGCUUUCAAUUGAAAGUACCAAUAAUGGUUUACCUAUUAUCGCAGAUGUACAAUCAGUUUCAGAUUCUUUACAGGUCUCCCAACAAAGUUCAUCUGCGUUACUACAAAUCAGUUCUAUUUCUAGUGGAACUGAAGCUCUUGACAAAAUUCAAGUAAAAGAGACUAGUAAUAAUCAAUUUAACACAGAGUCUGAAGCUUUUGGUCAAAUUCAAAUAAAUAGGGAAAGUGAAAAUCUUAACCAAGUGAAAAUCCAAGAAAGUAUAAAUUCUACUGUUCAAGAAAAGGAUAACUCCAUUUCGUUAAUGCCACAGAUAGUAGCCGUAUCUAGCGGAAUCAAACUGCCUUCGAAAAAUACUUUAGAAAUAAAUAUCGAAGAUAAGUUAACACAAGAGAAUAUUGCGAAACCUCUUAACACCGAUAUACCCAUGCUUCAGAUAUCUGAAGUUUCCUCCGGCGUAAAUUUGGACAAAAAUUCACAGGAAAAUGAUAUUGGUUACGCUAAUGUUGUUAUCAAAGAAGAGCCUGAUUUCGGGGACUAUCUUGAGCAAGCUCAAGAAAUACUAUCAAACAAUGGAAAAAUUGAAGAAAGUGAUGAAUUGAAUGACAAUAAUGAAGGUACAGUUGAAGAGAGUUCCGAUGAAUUUGAAGAUGAUAGUAAUGAGUAUGAAGAAAACGAGGAUAAUUUUGAAAACAGUGUAAAUGAGAAUCUUGUACAACAAGACAGUUUGGUUGAUAAGCCAAUAAAAGACUUUAAACCUAACAAAAAAUAUAAUAACACAAAGCGGAAGUUGAAGAAACAGAAAUCUGCGAACAGUAAGAGCUUACAACAAAAUUUGAAGGAAAGUAAUUUAGAAUUAGAAUCAUUAAAUUUCAAAGCCAAUGAGUCUCAAUAUAGUAACAAUAUACCUUUAGAAGAAGGUGAUAAGUUGAUUGGAACAACAAAUCCAGUUGUUGAGACUGAAAGUUUAUUUGAUCCAAAUAUCAAAAUUAAACAAGAGAUUGAGUUUACUGAAGAAACAUUUGUUGAGGACGAUCAAUAUGAAUAUGGUUCCGAUAAUGAUCAAGACAACUACGACGAAGAUUAUAACUGUAAUGAGUUUGGCAGGUAUUCUAAAUCUCCAUCACCUAUAAAAGAAUUACAACCAAUUAUUAUGAACAUGGGUAUGAAUUGCGAGUCAUCCAAAUUAAAUUUAAUUAAUUUCACUGAUUUAAAUAAUGAAAAGAAUGAGGCUUUAGAUGUGAGUGCAAAUAAUACUGCCGAAAUAAACAAAAAUAGUGAAGAGCAUCCGGAGUUCAAUCAAAAUGAUAUUGAUAAUAACAGUAAAGAAUCACUUGAAUCCGAAAAUUUUGGUUUCAAAAAAAUAAAGUUGAACAUGUUUCCAACCGGGGACCUUCAAACUCCUUUGAUUGAUAAUAUAAAAAAAAAUUCUGAAAGCGAUUUAUAUAAACAGGAACAAUCAACGAUGAAGCCACAUUUAUCACAUGAGACCCAAUUACAUCAAAUCGAUUUGCCAAUUCAAGAUAUUCAUAAAACAAAUCCAGUUAGUUACCCCAUAAAUUUAGAAAGUUCAUCCGUUGUUGAAUCUUCUCAUAUAGCGAAUACUAACGAAAACAUUCUAUUAUCUGAUGAAGUUAAUGAACAAUUUUCAAUAAGACUGCCAAAAUUGGAAAACAUUAAUGAAAUAGCAGAAAACCAUAACAAUGAAAAUUUUGAAAAAAUGUUACGAAACGAGAUUGUUGAUAGUGAAAACUGUUGCACCGUAGAAGACAAUCAAUGUGAUACUAAUUUAGUUGGAAUAACUUUAGCGACAAAUACCAAUCCACCGGGGGAAUUAGAUCAUGUUAAUGCAACUGCAAAUGAAGAGAUGAAUAGCGAUAAUAUAGAAGUUCAAAUAAGGAAGCGCGAAGGAGAACUAUAAAUAUAUAAUAUAAUACAGUAAGCGUACCCUUAUUUAAUAUUUAUCAAAUAAGAUAUUAGGUAAUUUUUAUUGUUAAAUAAGAAAACCGCUUACUAAAAAAAAAUUUUUUAAGUGGCAAUUAGUUUUUCCCAGUACAUAACGAGUUAAAUAUUUACAAAAAAAUUUGUUUUAUAAUACUUAAAUGCAUACGUACACGUGUUCAGUAUAUAUGUAAAUGAACAUACCAUCACAACAAACUUGAGAACAUCUUGUAGGGCUUUCAUUUGAUUUCGUUUCAAAUGGCGAAAUUACGAAAUUAAGUAAGCGGAAGUAACUGAGUCCAAUAAUUCGUUUUUCAUUUAAAUCCCUAAUAUUACACAAUUUUUAACUGAUUUUCUACAGAUUAAUUAUAAUAUUUUCAAAUUGUAUUGUUGUGGAAUAUAAAAACUCUACUAUUUUUAUUUUUAAAUUGAAAAUAGCAUUGCAAUAGAUGUUCGAAAUUUAGAAUAACGCAUAUUCCAAAAUUUUUUUUUGCAAUACCUAUGUAUAAACAAAAACCUAAAUGCACGAAAAUUUGUAAAUUAUUAAUUUUUUUAAAAUCAUUAAAUGAAUCAUAAAGGCAAUUCAAAUAAUUUGAAAUUGUU